AGGGUUCACAAGUAUAUGCCAGCUAUGAUAAGAAAAUGACGAAUGCCAAGAUACCAUAAACAUAAACUAGAGGACAAAACUCUUGUUACUGAAACACAAUUUGCAAAAUAAAUAAUGAAAUGCAAAGUUGCAGAUUAGUCCACUCGUAUCGUUCCCCAAUUUCUUCUGCAACUUCCUCAUCAUGGACCUCCAAUUAUUAUCCUUUCCGAUCAUUCUCUGUUUUGUUUUCUUUAUGCUGAUGGUGCGGAAAAUAGGGAAGAAAUCAACUUCAAAUCUACCACCAGGACCAUGGAAGCUACCCUUCAUAGGAAACCUGCACCAGCUGGUUGGCUCUCAACCCCACCAUGUGCUUCAGGACUUAGCCAAAAAGCAUGGACCAUUGAUGUACCUACAACUCAGUGAAGUUCCUACUCUAGUUGUUUCUUCUGCAGAAUAUGCAAAAGAGGUAAUGAAAACUCAUGACCUUGUCUUUGCUUCAAGGCCUAGAAUACUUGCUUCAGAGAUCAUGUCUUAUAAUUCCACCAAUAUAUUGUUUUCACCUCAUGGUGAGUACUGGAGGCAACUACGAAAAAUUUGUACAAUAGAGCUCUUGAGUACGAAACGAGUUCAGUCAUUCCGUCCAAUUAGAGAAGAAGUAAUGUCAGAAGUCAUCGAAUGGAUCUUCUCACAAGCGGGAUCAGCAAUCAACCUGACACAAAAGAUAUUCUCUUCAACAUACACCUUAUCAUCUAGGGUGACCCUUGGUAGGGAAUUCGGAUACGAGAAAGAAUUCAUAUCAAUUACCGAGGAAUCCACAAAGCUAGGAGCAGGAUUCAACAUAGCAGAUGUGUUCCCUUCCAUCAAAUUGCUCCAUUGGAUUAGUGGGGUGCGCUCUAAACUAAAGAAGAUGCAUGAACAAAGUGACAGAAUGCUGGGACACAUUAUCAAUGAACACUUACAGCGCAGGGCGACAUCAAAGGUUGAAAAGGAUGAAGAUUUGGUUGACGUUCUUUUGAAACUUCAUGAGCAGGGCAACCAUGAAUUUUCGUUAACUAUGGACAAUGUCAAAGCAGUGAUUCUGGAUAUGUUAGCUGCUGGAAGUGAAACAUCAUCCACGACAGUUGAUUGGGCUAUGGCGGAAAUGAUGAAAAACCCAAAGGUAAUGGAAAAGGCACAAGCUGAGGUGAGACAAGUGUUUGGUAGCAGAGCAAGUAUUGAUGAAACAGGCAUUUCUGAACUAAAAUAUUUGAUGUUGGUUGUUAAAGAAACUCUGAGGUUACACCCCGCUGCUCCCUUAUUACUUCCAAGAGAAAAUUCGGAGAGAUGUGAGAUCAAUAACUACGAGAUACCUAUCAAAACCAAAGUAAUUGUGAAUGCAUGGGCUAUUGCAAGAGAUCCCAAGUAUUGGACUGAACCUGAAAAAUUCUAUCCAGAGAGGUUUCUAGAUAGCUCAAUAGAGUUCAAAGGAACUGAUUUUGAAUAUAUCCCUUUUGGUGCUGGAAGGAGGAUUUGUCCCGGCAUAACUUUUGGUCUUGCCACCGUGGAACUUCAUCUUUCACAGUUGUUGUAUUAUUUUGAUUGGAAACUUCCCAAUGAAAUGAAGCCCGAUGAUCUUGACAUGACCGAGGAAUUUGGUGCAUCGGUUAGCAGAAGAGAUGACUUGUACUUAAUCCCCAUCCCCUAUCACUCUUCCCUGUUUUCUAAGCCUUGAAGGGCAUCAAAGUACCUUUUUACUUACGAGAGCAAUAACUGUAUCCCUAUCCUUCUUAGUUCACAUGUUCCUGCGUUGAUAAACUUUGUUCGCCAGUUCUCUGAUAAGCAGUAACUUUCAAAGUUAAGCCUAGAAAGUCAGAUCAAUAGAUUAUUCUCAACUGAUUGACGAUGUGGGUUACCAUGCAACUGUGUGAGGCUUUUAAUCAAAUACUUGGUAUGCUU